UUACGCACGGACGUCGGCACGCACAGGCUAUUGUUUGGCUUCUAGGCCUUGCCCUUCUCCAUCAUCCUCGGACGUGUUCGGUGAAUAGGAUCGACGGAGUGACUGUGCGGCGACGGCGGUGCCCCCCAGGAGGCCGGAGCGAUGGCGGCGGCGGCGGCCGGCUACUACGUAGGCGUGGACGUGGGGACGGGCAGCGUGCGGGCCGCCGUGGUGGACCCCGCGGGGGCCGUGGUGGCCCACGCCGAGCGGCCCAUCCGCUCCUGGGAGCCUCGCCCGGACCACCACGAGCAGUCCUCCCGGGAUAUCUGGCGGGCCUGCUGUGACGCCACCCGGACGGUGGCCGGCGGGGUGCCCGCCGCCCGGAUCCGCGGCCUCGGCUUCGACGCCACCUGCUCCUUGGUGGUGCUGGACGGGCAGUUCCGCCCGCUGCCCGUGAACGUCGAAGGCGAGGGGGAGAGGAACGUGGUGAUGUGGUCGGAUCACCGGGCGGCCUCGCAGGUGGCCAGGAUCAACGGCACGCACCACCCGGUGCUCGCCCACGUCGGCGGAGUCAUGUCUGUGGAGAUGCAGCCCCCCAAACUCCUGUGGAUCAAAGAGAACCUGAGAGAGGCUUGCUGGGAGCGGGCUGCGCACUUCUUUGACCUCCCCGACUUCUUAACGUGGAAGGCCACAGGGGUGACCACCAGGUCUCUGUGUUCCCUGGUGUGUAAAUGGAUGUAUUCGGCGGACAAGGGUUGGGAUGACACUUUCUGGCAGGAGAUCGGCUUGGGGGACCUCGUCGCCGACAAUUACCGCAAAAUAGGAACCGAGGCGCUGCCCCCCGGGGCGGCCCUGGGCGGGGGACUGACCCCGGAGGCCGCGGCCGAGCUGGGCCUCCCGGAGGGCAUCGCCGUGGCCGCCUCGCUCAUCGACGCGCACGCCGGGGCCCUCGGCGUCAUGGGUGCGGCCGUGCCCACGCUCGGGGAUCCGCGCUCCGGGGAGCUGCCGCUCAGCGCCCGCCUCGCCCUCGUCUGCGGGACCUCGUCCUGUCACCUGGUGGUCAGCGAGAGCCCCAUCUUCGUGCCGGGCGUGUGGGGGCCCUACCUCUCCGCCCUGGUCCCCGGGCUGUGGCUCAACGAGGGCGGGCAGAGUGCCACCGGGAAACUGAUCGACCACGUGGUCCAGGGGCACCGGGCCUUCCCGGAACUGCGGGCCGCUGCGGCCGCCAGGGGCCAGCCGGUCUCGGCCUACCUGAACGACCACCUGCGGCUGAUGAAGGGGACGGGCCCGGUGGACGGGCUGACCCGGGACCUCCACGUCUGGCCCGACUUCCACGGCAACCGCUCGCCGCUGGCCGACGCCACCCUGAAGGGCACGGUGAGCGGCCUGCGGCUCUCCCACGGACUGGACGACCUCGCCCUCCUCUACCUGGCCACCGUCCAGGCCAUCGCGCUGGGGACGCGCCACAUCCUGGACGCCAUGCGGGCGGCGGGGCACGCGGUCGGCGCGCUCUUCCUGUGCGGGGGCCUCAGCAAGAACCCCCUCUUCGUGCAGGUGCACGCCGACGUCACGGGCCUGCCCGUGAUCCUGCCCGAGGAGGUGGAGUCCGUCCUGGUGGGGGCCGCCAUCCUGGGAGCCCGGGCCUCCGGGGACUUCCUCUCCCUCCAGGUACUUACCCGUGUGCCCCACGUUGGGCGACUAGUUUUUCCCCUCAUUAAAGAUACCAGGUUCUACAACCAGAAGUACCGCGUGUUCCUGAAGCUAGUGGAACACCAGAGGGAGUACGCCGCCAUCAUGGAAGAGCCCUGACCCGCGCCGGGACCGCCGCCUCCCGCAGACCGCCGUCGUCGGGAAAGCCGUGGGUUCGAAUCCCGGCUCCGCCACUUGACUUGGGCAAGCCACUUCACUUCUCUGGGCCUCAGUCACCUCA